AUGCUAGCUCCAACGUUACGUGUUUUAUUCAUAUUGAUAGCCUUCCUUCUGACUUAUAUUCAUUCAAAUGAACUGACAUUUGAAUUGCCCGAUAACGCAAAAGAAUGUUUUAAUGAAAAAAUAAAAGUUGGCUCAAAAUUUAUAUUAGAAUUCCAGGUUGUUACUGGUGGAAACUAUGAUGUUGAUCUCGAAUUAAAAAGUCCGUCGGGCAAAAUUUUAUAUCAAGUUACAAAAAAACAAUAUGAUCAAAUAGAAAAAACUGCUGAAGAAGAUGGCGUUUAUGAGUUUUGUUUCAGUAAUGAAUUUUCAACAUUUACUCAUAAAGUGAUCUAUAUAGAUUGGAGAGUUGAUGGCGAUCCUGAACAUGAAAUUACUGGUCCGAAUCCACGUGUUGCGGAAGGUGCAUUAACAAUGAUUGAAUCAAAAGUUGGUAAUAUUCAUCGAAAUCUUGAAUCGUGCAUUGAUUAUCAAACACAUCAUCGUUUACGCGAAGCAACUGGUCGUGCAAGAGCGGAAGAUCUACAAGAGCGUGUACAACUUUGGUCAAUAGGGCAAUUUGUUUUGAUAAUAAUUGUUGCCAUUGGUACUGUUUUAUUACUUCGUUCGUUUUUUACCGAUAGAAGAACAUCGUCUAGUGCGUCAUGGUCAAGAUGA